AUGGGUUGCUGCGUGAGCUCCCAUAACAAUGGGACGAAGGCGACGGCGACCUCUGCUUCCGCUUCUUGGAAGCAGAGGAGAUCUCCGGCCAAGCCCAGCAGAGCUCCGCUUCCUCCGUCAAUGGAGGAAGAGACGGUGAAGGAAGUCCUCUCUGAAACCCCAACCCCUAAGCCCCCCAUUCACCUCGUCCCUGCCUCUCCCACGCGUCAGCCGCAAAACCCAGAACCCCAGCAGAAGAAGCCGCCUCCCCCGCCGUCGCUGCCGGUCUUCCCGGAGCCGCUUCUGCUUAGCCAGAAAGCCGAGAUAGGUGUCGUUAAGGGGAAGGAGGACGGGUCGGACCGGCGGCUCGAAGAACUGAUGCCGAAGCCGGCGGCGGAGGAGAUCUCGGAGGAGGUAUCGGACAUUUGCAGCCUGAGCGAGAGCGUGAGCAUCUCCACGGCCACGAAUCUCACCGACGACAGCGGGGUCCACCACCAGGGCCACCGGGGGGCCUACAGAUCACCGGCCAAGAUCCAGUCAUCCCGGGCGGCCCGCUCAUUGUCCGGCGAAAUGGGGGCUCGGAGGGUCGACCAUACCGCUCAGUCGCAGUACCGGAGGUCAGACCAGUCGCCCCGCCGGAGGAACGCAGGGCCGGUCAGGCCAAUCCAGGGCGGGGAGCCGAAUCGGGCGAGGAGCGUCCCCCGGAGGCGGGAGCGGGACCCGGGUGAGAGCUCGGCGAGGCGGUCCAGGUCUCCGGCGAUGACCCGGGUUGAGAAUCAUGGCUCGGGCGGUACCAGAUCGGGGGUCGGCCGUAGCCCCUCGGCCAGGAAGACCAACCCGUCACCGGGUCGGGUCAGGGGCGACCCGAAUGAGAGGAGAAGCAGAGAUCUCGACGGCAACAAUGGCAAAGGCGGCAACCUCCUCGGCCUGGACAGUAAGCAGCCCGACGGCGACGAGUCCCUCGAGAACCCACUGGUUUCUCUGGAGUGUUUCAUAUUCUUGUGA